UGGCAACUUGCUCUAAAGCUCUGGAUUGGUCCAGCAAACCACAGAGGGCUGGAAAAGAGGCUCUAUAUAGUUCUCAGCAGAAAAGACAGCCCCAGACAGUGUUGCAGUUCUCAAAGACCCACUUUGCUUUUAAGAAGUUUUGUUUAAAGCUAAGAAGCUAACCCACUUACCAAGAUGUGCAAAGGACUUGCAGCCCUGCCCCACUCAUGCCUGGAAAGGGCUAAGGAGAUUAAGAUCAAGUUGGGAAUUCUUCUCCAGAAGCCAGACUCAGCUCUUGACCUUGUCAUUCCGUACAAUGAGAAGCUGGAGAAACCAGCCAAGACUCAAAAACCCUCACCGGAUGAGGUCCUGCAGUGGCGGGAUUCCCUGGACAAGCUCCUGCAAAACAACUAUGGGUUUGCCAGUUUCAGAAGUUUCCUGAAGUCUGAAUUCAGUGAGGAAAACCUUGAGUUCUGGAUUGCCUGUGAGGACUACAAGAAGAUCAAGUCCCCCGCCAAGAUGGCUGAGAAGGCAAAGGAAAUUUAUGAAGAAUUCAUUCAAACAGAGGCUCCUAAAGAGGUGAAUAUUGAUCACUUCACUAAAGACAUCACAGUGAAGAACCUGGUGGAACCUUCGUUGAGCAGCUUUGAUGUGGCCCAGAAAAGAAUCCAUGCCCUGAUGGAAAAGGAUUCACUUCCUCGCUUUGUGCGUUCAGAAUUUUAUCAGGAGUUAGUCAAGUAAUAAUAUGGUGAGGCUAUUAAAAUCAUUCUGGGAGUUAUCUCCUCCAUAAUCACAUGGCAUUUUCCAAUAACCUAUGUAUCUUCCCACUGCAGCUUUGCUCAAAGAUACCUAAAAUGGGAAAAUCCCAAGCGAUUGUUUGGGCUGUGGAUCCAUUGUCCAGUCCAGUGCCUCCCUUCUCAUUUCUUCUUUCUAUCUCAUUCCUAAUUAAGCUGUAUUCAGCAUUCUGUCAGCCUCAGUCAGAAUCACAGAAGAAUCCUUCCUAAGACAAAUACCAUAAGAAAAAGAUAUGACAUGAUCAAAUGGGUAUAGACAAUGAUCACCACCUAAAUUAGUCUAAGACAGAAUAUUGAUGUGAAAGAUCAAUUUAAAGGGAGCUUAAAUGAUCUAGUUUAUUGUUUUAACUCUGAUUCAAGAAGAUACCCUCCUGGGACCAGAGAUUUAGCUCAGUGGUUCUGCCACCUGCCUUUGCAAGCGUGAAGACCCGAGAUCAAACCCCAGUACCAAAAAAAAAAAUAAAAGAUACCUUCCUAAUUGCUUCUGGAUUUGGUUGGUAAAAACUGUAAAGUUUUUAUUUUGGAAGAAAACACAUUAUUUAAAGCACCAAUCUUUCCCUUAGAGCAUGUUCCUGUUAACUAGGUACUAUAAAGAUAUGAUAAAUAUAAUUUGUUUAUACAAAAUCAACCUGAAUAUAAUUCAUAUUAAUUCACAGUUAGCUCCUUCACUGUCCUCCUUGUAAAUUUACCAAAUUCUGUGACCUAAAUCAAUGACCUAACAUCAACAGUAGACUGUUUAUAAAUUUAUCUAUGUGUCUGUGAUAUAAGCCAGAAGUUUUAAUUUUCAAGUUAUUGAGGUCCUUGUGAGGGUAAAAUAGUUCAAAAAUUUCUAACUCCAUUCGUAUAAAUUAAAACUGUUGCCAUGCAUUAUCAAGAGAACAAUACACUAAAAAAGGAAAAUAUUGUUAAACUUUAAAUGUCUAAUUACUUUAUAGUGCCAUUCUAUCUUUUUCAAAGAUAAUUUUCUCCCAAAACAAAAUUAUAUUUAGAAAAGUUACUGUGAUUAUAUGUGGAGGCUUUCUAUAUAAGACAGAAUUUUAAAAUACCCUGCAUUUCACAAAAUAUUGUGAUACUCUAGCAACCCAUCUUCUCUCACUGUUUUGCUUUCUGCAUUAGUAACUUGUAAUCAUAGUCAGAAGCUCAGAUUAUAUUCCUGAUAUGGCUUAUACACAACUAAUCAAUAGGUCAUGACACUUUUUAGUAGGUUUAAACUUUUAAUUCUGUAUUUCAUAUUAUAGUCCUGCUAUAAUUUUUUCAAUAGAUUUGAUUAAGUAAUGAUUCACAUAAUUUAGUAGUGAAUUGAAUCAAACUGAACCAUAUAUGAGAGUAAUAAGGUGAGGGUAUUGAGUGAAUUUAUAAGCAAGAAAGUGGUUUUUAAAGGAUUAAUAAAUGUUUAAGUAGAAGGUUACAUCAUUUAGUCUUGUAUUUCCUCCUUCUGUUACCCUUUCUCAUUUGCACACUUUAAGCAUGUGUGUAGCUCAUUCAGUUAUUUCCUAGCCAUAUUGUCAGCAAAGCAAUUAUGUUACUCUAUCCUUUAGGUAAACACUGACUGCAUGGUGAGUUUUCUGUAUUUUUUUAUUUCAAAAAAUAACAUGUCUGAAUUGUCUGACAUUUCACAUUCUGAAAACAGUUUGGAGUGAUUUGGUCUACUGCCAACAGCUGCAGUUGGUAUGAACUUCAUUCACUCUUGUCAGUGUUAACCACUUUAGAGAAACUCCUAAUCAGUCAGUCCACAGGGAGGUGGGAUCAUCAUUGUGAACAUGAAGAAGCCUUAUCCUGUGCAUUUGUGUGAGACUGAAAAGGAGCUCAGAUAAAACAUUCCAGGGUGCCUGCUCUCUUUCUUAACAUCUGUCUGCUCUGCUCAAACUCAGUUGGAAAAGUUCCAACCCUUUAUUCUCUCAAGAAUCUAGGUAAAUUGGUUCAUUCUGGAUGCCAAACAUUUUUGAAAUGUAAUUAAAAUUUGUAAUACUUCAUCCAUGUUAUUUGAAAUAUGCACGUGUUUUAAGGUAUCCACAGAUAAACCAGACAUCACAGGUCUUACCCAGGGAUUACUAUAAUGAAGACACCCAUCGACCAUAUUCACCAACACACUGCACACGUUGUGCAAGUGGCUGGACUUGUCAGUGGAGGAGAACAGCCUUUAGCUUUGCAUAAGCUGACACAGGAGGCAAAGUGCAGGAAAGGCACUGCAAGGGCCAUGUUGUGAAAGAUACAAAACGAUGGAAAGAUGGAAUGUCUUCCAGCUAAAAGGUGACAUUAUUUCCAUAUUUAUAUAUCUAUCUCUAUAUAGCUUCAUAUAAUUUUACAUUUAAAG